AUGGUGCCUCAACCUCUCAACCUUGUCAAGAACUCCUCUCUCUCAGCUCCAGCUACACGAGCCUUUGGACCCAAAACACCAACAGAUAUACCCAACUUCACCCAGACCUCAAGUCCCCCACGCAUCAUGGCCCCAAGACAGCGUCGCCGCGCUACAGUCAUCGCACUCAAUGGCAGAACGCCGCCACACUUUGCAUUACAGUCUCCGCCACGCAGGCGUAAAAGCGCAACUGAUCGUCGCAAGAGCUUACAGUCGCAUCUCUGCUCAGCCCGGACUCUCACUCUGCGCAAUCCAAGCAAUGGACUCCUGCAAGAUGGCUCUGCGAAAUGCGACAGUUUGUGUGAUUGCACUUCGGGUUUGGAUAUACAAUUGACCGAGCUGUACGUCGAGAAGCCAGAUCGCGGGGUGUUGCGGUCCCCGGCUCUGUUUGCGCCUUGUCGGUGGAGUAUUCCUUCACCGACUCCAGGGAGCUCUUUUGAGAGCAGUAAUCAGGUCUAUCAGUUUGAGGGUCAAUGUAGUGGGAGUCGUAAGAGCAGGCGGGCUACAUGGGCAUUUGAUGUAGACGGGGGUCUUGACAAGUCGCACUCUUGUGCGUUCUGGACAUGUCCUGGGUAUCGAUAG